AUGACGAAUCACGCCAUCGCCGACGAGCUAUUUACCGGCGAGUACAAAGAGAUUCGCGCCGCCUAUCGGGAAGGAGAGGGGAACGCCACCAUCCGGGCGGAGUGCCAAAGAGAGGACAACGUCCAAGUCAGGGCCGCAUCCGUCGGAAACCCUGGCGACUUUCGCUACUCCGAUUGGCACGGAAAACCCGACAUCGCCGAGUACAUUACCCACCCUGAGGGACAGGGGCUGUUCACCGUGGACACCUACUGCGAGGAGGCCAUCUUGGAUCGACGGGGCUCCCUGCAGAUGAGCAGGCGAGCCCGGCCGGUGAUGUCUCGUCUUGGGGUGCCUGUCGUGGACGCGGCUAAGAUAGUGGAGGGGCAGGGGUGGGCAUCUCCCGCCAACGACGGGAGGCACUUCCACAAGCUGGUGCCGAUAGAGUAA